GCUACCCUCCCUCUAGAGUAGUUCACCAACGAAUCCGUUAAAAAAUAUAAAGUAGGCCAGAGUUGGUGACCCAUAAUUGGCUCUGCUCCUCUGCUUUUCCACCCAUUGCCAAAAAGUCUUCACCUGAGAAUUCCUUUUAUAAACCCAGUCCUGCUCCACCAAAAUUCCCCAACAAAACACACAAUAUCCUCACUUUCAGGAACAAGAAGAAGACCCAAAAAUCUGUUAUCACCAACCAACCAAUAUCAUCAUGGCGGGGAACAGGAUGAUGAGCUUGAAGGCUCUGUUCGUGUGCCUGGCCGUUGCCGGGACGACUCUGUUUUCGCUGCAGGGAGCCACGGCGCAAUCGAGCAGCUGCACCAACACCCUAGUGAGCCUCUCGCCCUGCCUCGAUUUCAUCACGGGAAACGCCACGAAGCCGACGAAAUCCUGCUGCACCCAGCUCGGCAACGUCGUCAGCUCCCAGCCGCAAUGCCUCUGCCAGGUCAUCGGCGGCGGCGGCGGCAGCAAUUCCCUCGGGAUCAACAUCAACCAGACCCAAGCCCUUGCCCUUCCCGCCCAGUGUAACGUCCAGACACCUCCCGCCAGCCGCUGCAGUAACGCGGCGUCGCCGUCGGGAUCACCGAACGCGCCGACAGGGACCGGUGGAGGAUCGGGUACGUCAACAGAUGGAACGUCGUCGUCGGAUGGGAACACUGCGAAGCUGACUUUGACUCUGCUUUUCGUGGGGAUCUUCCUUGCUUCCUACUCUUCCGUCUUCCCCGCCACCGCUGCGGUGUGAAUAUUUGAUUCUUCUGCAUCGUAUAAUUUGGUUGUGAAUUGUGAGGAUUUUUUUUAGAUUCUUUCUACAGGGAAUAACUACCUUUUACUUUGGUGUGAAGUUUUUUUUAUUCUUCUGCAUCGUAUUAUAAUUGUUUUCUAUCAUACCAUUCUGAUUCUCGUCCUCGUUCUUUGGUCAUUGUUUGUAAAACCCUCUAUAUUUUAAUAAAGAGCAGUGAUGCGG